GGAGCCCAGGUGCUUGAGUUCCCUGGGAAGGGCUUGGGGUCUAUAUGGGGCGGGGGUCAGAACCCAGGGGGGUUGGGAGCCCAGUUGCCUCGGCUCCCCCUCACCCUUCCCCUCCCUGCUCCCCAGCCUCCCUGCAGGCCACACGGGCAUUGAUGGUGGUGGCAGUGGUGCUGGGACUGGUGGCACUGGGCAUUGCCAUCAUGGGCAUGAAGUGUACACGCUGCGGCGGCGACAACAAGGUGCAGAAGGCACGCAUUGCCAUGACGGGCGGCCUCGUCUACGUGGUGGCUGGCUUGGCUGGGCUUGUGGCCUGCUCCUGGUACGGGCAUCAGAUCGUCACCGACUUCUACAACCCCUUAGUGCCCAUGAAUGCCAAGUACGAGUUUGGGUCGGGCAUCUUCGUGGGCUGGGCUGGCUCCGCCCUGACUCUCCUGGGUGGGGGGCUGCUCUCCUGCUCCUGCCCUGGGAAGUCAGGACCCCGGGCGCAGUAUCCCAAGAGCAAGGCGGCCUCCAGCAACCGCGAAUAUGUCUAGACCA